UUUUUAUCUUUUGUAAAACCAGAAUCAGGGGAUCUACAGUUCUUUUUGUUAAAUGUCUUAUUCACAAAUAUAUAUAAGAGACGUAUGGUGAAUGUUUCUCUGAAGAUAUAAUUUAGAUACUCCAACGAUAUCAUAUCGAUUCAAGAUGAAACUAUCAGUUAUUUUUAUUUUUGCAUUAAUAUUACUAGUUGCUUGCACUGGCCAAACUGAGGGCAGAAAGUUCUGGAGGAAAUUCGGGAAGAAAUUGGAAAAGGUAGGGCAAAAUGUAAGGAAAGCUGCGGAAAAGACCCUCCCUAUUGUUCAAGGAUAUGCUGGAGUUGCAACUCAGUUGGGAUACGGUCGACAUUAAUAUCACACACUCAUCAAACAAAAUUCUUAGUUUAAGACAAUAUUUUUUUAAUUUUAUAGAAAAAUAUUUAAAAUAUUAAAUUAUUUAUUUAUGGUAA